AACACGUUGUAGGACGAAGCAGGAAGUAACCUUGGUACGGGAGCCGAGGGGAGCCAAAAAUAAACAAACGCAUAACUAAAAUUAGCAUUUCAAAAGCAGAGUGUCACCUGAAGUGCCCAGUGGGAGAGAGAUGGAGGACGAUGCACCUGUCAUCUACGGGCUGGAAUUUCAGGCCCGAGCCCUCACUGCCCAGACAGCAGAAACAGAUGCCAUCCGAUUUCUAGUCGGUACACAGUCUCUCCGAUAUGAUAACCAGAUUCACGUAAUCGACUUUGAUGAUGAGAAUAACAUCAUCAAUAAGAAUGUUCUGCUGCACCAUGCCGGGGAAAUCUGGCAAAUCUGCGCUAGCCCAGCAGACCGAAAUGUGCUGGCAACCUGCUACAGUAAUACUACAGACAGCAAAGUCAUGUCUUGUGUGGCUGUGUGGCGGAUACCGAAGGAAUUACAGCCAGGAAGUCAUGAUAUUCCCGAUGAUUCAUCAAACAACACCCAAACCUUGGAGCUUCUCUGUCACCUUGACAACGCUGACCAUGGCAAUAUGGCCUGUGUUACUUGGGAACCAUUGGGCGAUGGGAAAAAAGUGAUGUCUCUGGCUGAUAACAACGUAAUGAUCUGGGACUUACAAGAAAGCUCUACAAAAGCUGUGCUCUCCAGUUCAGUGGCAUUGGAAGGUAAAGGGCAGCUGAAAUUUACCUCUGGACGCUGGAGUCCUCAUCACAACUGUACACAGGUUGCAACGGCCAAUGACACUGCUAUCCGCGGCUGGGACAUCAGAAGUAUGAGGCAGAUCUACUGCAUAGACAAUGCCCACGGCCAGCUGGUUCGAGACCUUGACUUUAAUCCCAACAAACAGUACUACUUGGCCAGUUGCGGGGAUGAUUGCAAAGUGAAGUUCUGGGAUACCAGGAAUGUUAAUGAGCCAGUGAAAACACUAGAGGAACACUCUCAUUGGGUAUGGAGUGUCAGGUACAACCAUUCCCAUGACCAGCUGGUCUUGACGGGCAGCAGUGACAGCCGGGUAAUCCUUUCAAACAUGGUCUCCAUUUCUUCUGAACCAUUUGGACACCUCGUUGAUGAUGAAGAUUUGAGUGAUCAGGAAGACAAUCAGCAUGAUGAGAAAACAAAAGAGCCUCUCCAGGACAGUAUAAUCGCUACCUAUGAAGAACACGAAGACAGCGUGUAUGCCGUGGAAUGGUCUUCAGCAGACCCCUGGCUCUUUGCUUCCUUAAGUUAUGAUGGAAGGCUGGUUAUUAACAGAGUCCCAAGAGCACUGAAAUAUAACAUACUGCUGUAAUUUGUCCAAUUGUUUCAGCUGAAGUGGUUGCAUGUCACUGACCGCUGAUGUCCUGUAAUUUGUAGACUUGAGAAAUGGACAUCUGGAAUGUGUUAUUAUAUUUGUUUAUUGUAAGCUUUCUAAUAAAUGACCAAGUCUGGGUACCGUG